AUGGCGAUCGCAGACCCCGAAUUCGCAGCUAUUGGAGGGAGAUAUAGUGAUAUCAUACCAGAUCUUGAUUUCAGGGAUUUCCUAACUGCGCAUAUGGAUGAUGACGACGUUCACUAUACCCCAUCAGGGUCGUCAUCUUACAUCUAUCAUGCGAGAUCUUCGACCCAUGGAACACUUCAAGUACAACACCCCAUAUCCUCUCCUAAGCUAUCAAUCCCGCCUGUGCCAACUCAAGCUAUCCGAUCGCUUGUCCAGCGCCCAAACAUGAGACCCGGGACGCACAGGAUAGCAAAGCUGAUACUUCACAAUCUAAAAUCAUAUCCCCAGAUGCUGCUGCUCCACAACACGCUUCCACCAUUUAUCCACCCGUCUUUCUUAUCUUCCGAUCUCUGCAACCCCAAUUUCGAACCGUUAACCAAUUGCAUCGCCCUGGUGCAUAUGAUCGGCAGCGGAAUUCAAGCAAGCCGACGGUUGUUCUGGAAGAACGUACGGAUGGAAUGUGAACGGUUAUGUGAAGAGCACCUGACGUUAAACAAGUGGGAACUGCUGGCUGCUAUGCAAGCCCUCUCUAUUUAUAUUAUUAUCCGAUUAGAUGAAGGCGAGACAGAUUACAAUAACUUUGAUUCACUGUUGCUGAAAGCAAUCACAGCAAUCUCUAAGCGGCUCAGCUGCAGCGAGAUCACAAAGAAUGUAAAGUUUGCGCUACACAACUGCGAUCUCAAAAACAACUGGAAGGAAUGGACCUUCGAGGAGUCAGGGCGAAGAUUAUGCGUCAUUUAUCGUGUCGUGAAUAUGCUGGUUUACUUUGAACCAGCAGCAAUGUGUGGUCUGCAGACGGACCUUAUUAUAGCACCUCUUCCAGCAAAGAAGCAGCUUUGGGAGGCAGGUGAUGAGCUUUCAUGGGAGGCUGAAAAUGGAAGAGAACCUGGGAUCCAGACUGCGUUUGGGCUGGCAUCAAAUGGUGACCUAGUCAAACUCGGGGGAGGUCAGCUAUGUUAUGCUGAUGAAGUGCUGGCUUAUAAGUCAUUUACUGCCAGCGGCUCGGGAAAUUGGGAGGAGUGGUGCUCGGGGAUGGAUGGGUUUGGCGGUCUUAUAAUGCUUGCUGCUUCUUUGGUAGGGUAG